AUGGGAAUCCCAUUCUUUUUGGCCUUGCUGCUGGCCACGACCACGAAUGCAGAUGAUGAUUUGAAAAAUAUCGGAAGUGCAGCCGGUGGUGCUCUCGGUGGUGUCCUCGGUGCUACUGUGGUUGGCGCCGCUUCUGCGGGUGGAGCUGCUACUGUGGCUGGUGCUCUCGGUCCAGCUGUGGGUAUUGCUGUGGGUGCUGCUGUUGGUGGUGCCUUAGUUCGUGAGGGCGUUGAUUCAGGCAUUAAAUGGGCACAAGACAAACAUAUUAUAGAUUACGUGCCCGACAAGAACAUUCCGAUUCUUCAGGAACCCAAGUCAAUGGUUGAGCCUUGGUUGGCAGCAAUCCGAAGCCAGAUCCAAGGAUUGGACCAGACGAUGAGAGAGCAGCAUCAUCUCUUUGCAGACUUCGUCAUUGAAUCGGUCACAGACUAUAUGGAGAAGUAUAGUCCGAUAAUAGCCAAGAUGCAGGAUAUCGAUAAAAUCAUAAACAAGAUCUCUUUCCGCUACCAGAGGAUGCUGACGUAUAAAUCUCGGAACACAUUUGAAAAAAUGACCCUAAUCAACUAUGCUGAGGAUACACUCUCGAUACUCCAAGACAGUUUAAAUGAACUUCACGUCACGCUCCUUGGAGACGAGGACAGACCCCAUGUGACGCCGAACAAUGUUUUGGUUCAACUGGACACCAGACUAAAGGUUCGUUCCUCCAGUCACAUGUGCCGAACGCGACAGUCCGCCCAGCAGUUCUUUUAUCUGCUGCAGGAGGACGUCGCACUCACCGAACUCAAGGCCCUCGCCUUGGCUGACUACUCCUGGACGUUGCUCAAAGAGGAGGGCGAAUUCUCCGAAGAGAAGAGACUAAUGCUAGAAGAAUACCAGCGCAGGACCAAUCGCACUCUGAGGAUGUUCAAGGAGGUAAUGAGCAGACAAGAUCGCACCGUUUGGCGAUGCGAUCCGGCAUACCACAGAUCGGGAGUCACCUACGAGGAGGUCACCCGCCUCCUGCAGGGCUACAUCGAAAACGAGGCGGAUCUAAACGCAGAUAGAUCAUGCAAACAGGAAUGCUCCACCUACCAGCAUUCGAAAACCCAAGGAUGCUACGAUGGAGAGUUGUGCAAAAAACAGCAGCCGUGUAAAGGUAACGUCCACAACUGCCGGUAUGUGGAAUCUACGAUGACGGUGUGCCUGACAGACGAGACCGCCAUUAGGCGAUACGAGUACGUGGAAUAUAAAAGCGGACAUCGGUACGGACAGGGAGGAAAGUGCGGCGGGCACACAGACAAGGCAGAAAGCUGGCAUCGGUGGAUUUUUUGGCAUUGCAGCUACUGCAUGUGCCUAUGCGAUGAGCAGGGCCUCAGGUCGGAUCGCUACUUCAACCUGCGACCCGUGACAGCCGAUGUGGAGCGCAACAGAGUCGUGACUGGCCUUCGCUUCGUGAAGCACAAUCGUAUCCUGCACUUGCAGAUCCAGGAGGGCGAGCUCCUGCCCAAGGGAGUCAUCAACCAGACCACUCUCCAGUGGAAGCCCGUGGACAACUACAGCAUCACCGAUAAGGAUGUGCGACAGGGUGUAGAUUACCACAUGCUGAUCUACGACCGACGGUCAAUCGAUCUCAAUGAGUUGGUACCACUUAACAACACCUUCUUGAUCACCGGGCUGAGAUUUCAAAACGUCGGAGGUCAUCUGCAUCUGGAAGCCCACUACAGUGAGUUCGAGUUCCAGAGCGGCAAACUUGUUAAACCAACGGAGCAGAGCUAUUGGGAGACCGGAAAGAGUAUUCUGGGCAGCGAUAAACUGAACCUAGGGGAGACCCGUCUGCCCACCAUUACUACUUCUUCGAAGCCUUUAUCCAAAAGCGACCAGUACCUCGAUUUCACCCACACUAGCUUCGAGCAUGAUGCUGCCCAGACCACGGUGCCUUUUAUUGACAUCCAAGAGGUGGUCUCCAAUCCACCAGUGCCGCUGUCCGGCAUUGGCAUCUACUACAAGGGUCACCAAGGAUAUGGGGGCUUCAUUGGACCAAAGAUCGUCAACUUGGACUUUGCACCGCACCUCUAA